UGGCGUGUGUGGAAAGCAGAGGGCUGCUGCUGCUUUGAAAUCCACUCUCCUUUCUCCGCCGCCGCCCAGGCUCACCAGGUCCAAGUUGCGGGGAGCGUCUGUCUUGUGUCUGUUCUGCCUGUGAUGGACGAGGCGGAGGACGGCGAUGAGGAGCCCAAAUUCCAGCAGCCUCGACCACCUCAAGUAACCAGCUUGUCCGGACGCGCGGAUCCUAGGAGCAGCGGAGGAACCAAGAUGAAGAAAUUUACGCCAGGAGGCGGAGCCGCGUCCAUUGCGCGUAAAAACUCCAACAUCAAUGAGCUGUGGCUCCUGCAAGACGAGGACUCCGCACCUGUCCGUGCCAGUGGCAGCACGGCCUCCGCUCUGUUUUGCCGGAGGGAUGCUGCUGGAGGGGACACAGUCCCAGAGGCAGGCGUGAUAGCAGAGGGAGCCAUCGGUAUGAUAUGCAACAAAAACGGAGAUUGUAGAAGGGACCCGGCCAGUUCAGGGAGCCUCUCCUCUCUCAUCUCAAGGCAGGAGAAGCAGGCAGAUGGAGUCGUAGCUGCUGAAGACGGAAAGGGGCAGGCUGCGAGCAUGGACGGCUCUAUCACUUCAGCGGGGUCCCUGACACAGGGGCCGGGCGCCGAGGUCAAGACCGCGGCAGCGAUGGAGAAAAAAGACUCCAGAGUGUCCUUCUCCAACGCCCCAGCUGGUAAAGGACAAACUCCGAGUCAGCAGUCGAGAAAUUCUGUCACAUUUACCAAAGCUGAGGAUGGCUCUCAGAUAGUGCCGGAUGAUGAAGACUACAGAGGGAAUCAGACAUACAUGCAGCGGCAGUUUAGUUCCAUGCUCCAGCCCGGAGUUAACAAAUUCUCCCUGCGCAUGUUUGGCAGCCAGAAGGCGGUGGAGAAAGAACAAGAGCGCGUAAAGUCAGCGGGUAAUUGGAUUAUCCACCCAUACAGCGACUUCAGGUUCUACUGGGACUUCACCAUGCUGAUGUUCAUGGUGGGCAACCUGAUCAUCAUCCCCGUGGGCAUCACCUUCUUCAAGGACGAGACCACCAUUCCCUGGAUCAUCUUCAACGUGGUUUCUGACACCUUCUUCCUCAUGGACCUGGUGCUGAACUUCCGGACCGGCAUCGUGUUCGAGGACAACACCGAGAUCAUCCUCGAUCCCAAGAAGAUUAAGGAGAAGUACCUGAAGAGCUGGUUCGUGGUGGACUUCGUCUCUUCCAUACCUGUGGAUUAUAUCUUCCUCAUCGUGGAGAGAGGGAUGGACUCGGAGGUGUACAAAACGGCCCGGGCGCUCCGAAUUGUCCGCUUCACCAAGAUCCUCAGUCUGCUGCGGCUGCUGAGGCUGUCCCGACUCAUCCGUUACAUCCACCAAUGGGAGGAGAUCUUCCACAUGACCUAUGACCUGGCCAGUGCUGUGAUGCGAAUAUUCAACCUGAUUGGUAUGAUGCUGCUGCUGUGUCACUGGGAUGGCUGUCUCCAGUUCCUUGUUCCCAUGCUGCAGGACUUUCCGUCUGACUGCUGGGUCUCCCUCAACAAGAUGGUGAACGACACAUGGACCGAGCUCUACUCCUUCGCCCUCUUUAAGGCCAUGAGCCACAUGCUGUGUAUUGGCUAUGGUAGACAAGCACCAGAGAGCAUGUCGGACAUCUGGCUGACCAUGCUCAGUAUGAUCGUCGGAGCCACCUGUUACGCCAUGUUCAUCGGCCACGCAACCGCACUCAUCCAGUCUCUGGACUCGUCCAGACGGCAAUACCAAGAAAAGUAUAAACAAGUGGAGCAGUACAUGUCGUUCCACAAACUACCGGCCGACUUCCGACAGAAAAUCCAUGACUACUACGAGCACAGAUACCAGGGCAAGAUGUUUGACGAAGAGAGCAUCCUGGAGGAGCUUAAUGAGCCUCUGCGCGAGGAAAUCGUCAACUUCAACUGCCGUAAGCUGGUGGCCUCCAUGCCGCUGUUUGCCAACGCUGACCCCAACUUUGUGACAGCCAUGCUGACCAAACUGAGGUUUGAAGUCUUCCAGCCUGUAGACUACAUCAUCAGAGAGGGAACCAUCGGCAAGAAGAUGUACUUCAUCCAGCACGGGGUGGUCAGCGUCCUGACCAAAGGAAGCAUCGGCAUGAAGCUGAUGGACGGCUCCUACUUUGGAGAGAUCUGCCUACUGACCCGUGGCAGACGGACGGCCAGCGUGCGAUCAGACACCUACUGUCGCCUGUACUCUCUCUCUGUGGACAACUUUAAUGAGGUGCUGGAGGAGUAUCCCAUGAUGAGGAGGGCCUUUGAGACGGUAGCCAUCGACAGAUUGGACAGGAUAGGCAAGAAGAACUCAGUCCUGAUGCACAAAGUUCAGCAUGAUCUGAACUCGGGUGUUUUCAACAACCGGGAGAACGAGAUGAUCCAGGAGAUAGUUAAAUAUGAUCGGGAAAUGGUUCAACAGGUCAAUGUACCACGUUCGCGGGCCAUGUCCAUGACACCUCCUCUAUACAGUGACGGAGUCUUUAAUCCUCCAGGUUCCUCCACCCAUCCCCAGAAUUCCGCAAUUGCCACUCUGCAGCAGGCAGUAGCCAUGAACUUUUGUGCCCCCAUGCAAGGGAACUUGAUGGGAGUAGGGAACCUGCAGUCCCCCAAGAUGGUGAGGAGAUUCCAGGUGAUGGAAAGUGUGCCCAGCCCUGUUUCAGCUUCUCCACUGCAGUCUCAGUUCAUUGCUUCUGGUGCCUUUGCUCCCAUCCAGUCCAGCCCCCCUGUCCAGAGCCCGCUGACACUUGGAGGACGAUCAUUCCAGUAUGGAUCCAGUGCCCUAGCUGGUCCCACCUCAGGCUCCCAGCUUUCUCUAGCCCAGCAGCACAUAGCCAGCCCCGCACACCGGCCCGGCACAUAUAAGAGUACUCAUUCCUUGCAAUUGGGUAGUUUGAGCCAAGACGCCAGGGCACUGUCAGCCUCUCAGCCCUCACUGCCUCAUGAGGGGGGGCAAACAGGUGCCCCUAGUCCCCCCCAGUCUACAAGAGUCUCCUCUACUUCCAUUGGACCCCCUCAGACCCCAUCAGGUCACACAGGCAUCCGGAGCGCUAUACCACCUAAGGUGGUACUGCCCCACCAGAUGUCUGUGGGGGCCUUCCCUGUAGCAUCCCUGCCUGGUUCUGUGCAGAGUUUUGGGGCUGGUGCAGGGAUGGCAGUAGGGGGUGCAGGAACAGGUCUGGGGGACUCAGGACGACCCAAGAAGGACUCUAUAGUGAGCCUUCCUGAAACAGACCACAUCAGAGUCAGAUCCAGGCUAUCCUCAAACUUGUGAUCUUAAUUUAACUACUCUGGGGGAGUGACUCAAUGAGAGACUUGACUGCAGGAACACUGGGGCUUUCUGCUUAUCUUCGACAGGUCCUCUUCUCUCUCUAUUUUAGUUUGACUAUCCGAAUGUAUGAGUGUUGAUUGGCAGCAGGGAGAAUCUGAGAGAAGACUGUUCGAACAUAAAUUCUGUAUUGUGGUUUUUGAAUCUGCAGCAUUGAGAAGUUUCUACUCGCAGACAUAGUAGUUGCACAGUAGUGGUAAAGUAGCAUCUACCCAUCUCCAACUCCUUUAUUUACUUUAUUUUACAACAUAGUCAUGGGCAUAUCUGCUUCACUAUCCUCUCAUUCACCUCAUUUAAUGCAAACUUUGGAUCCGAUGGGACUAAAGGAAAAUCAGGGACCUGCUUCAGAUAUCAGAAGUUGGCACUUUAAUGGGUUUAUACUGUAUCUACCACAUUUUGUCAGUAGGCUGGCUUUAGAAAAUGAUCUUCUCACAAAGGCAUAAUUGUGGUUUUCCUAAAAAGUUUGAACAUUAAAAUUGUGGUUUUUUUGUGAUUCCUAAGUAUUCCUAGACCUAUAUAGAUAAUAUGUAAUAAUGAUUUUUAGCAUAUCUUUCCCCAGAAUAUUGAUAUGACAGGAUGAAUGAAUAUACAAGUCAAAAUAAAGCAUUUUCUGAAUCUAGUUGGCCCCUUUUGUAAGUCUUCCCUGCCUAUGAUAGACCCCACCGAUAAAUAUGUGACCCCCUAGGAUGUUCAGAUCACAGACAAUUAAUAUCCUUUAUAUAGAAAUUACAGUGGGACAAAUUGUCUAGUUCCAGCCUCUAUAGAGUUUUUGUUGGCUUUUCUUUAGCUCAUUGUUUUGGCUUUAAAGCCAACAGAUUUUCUGUACAGUUUAGUCUCAUCACUCAACCCUGUUUCCAGUAGCAAAAUGCAGCAGUUUUCAGCAGAAACGCUCCCUUAAACCCAUUUGCACAUUUAGCAAAACUAAAGAACCAGAUAUCUUUCUCAGGAGUUGGUGAACCAGAUCUAAAAGGCAAGUAAAUAUAUAGAGAUAGGUGGCCAGAAAUAUGACUCCAGUGGGACUAUUAUAAUGUUGCUUGUGUGUGCUGGAUAUGUAAGUAUCAGAUUGUUUGCUAACAUGUCUGCCAUAACAACUUGAUAAAGUAAUAAUAUGUCAGGGCUGUCAGCUUGUUUUGCCGUUUAUGUUCCCCCAAGUGGCCAAAAGUGUAUUAAUGUAGCUUUAAGAUUCAUAAAUUAACAAGAUCCAAUCAAAAUGCACCUGACUAAAAGACUCUUCUUCCUAACACCAGAUUUGAUAUCUGAAGUAAUGGGUUUAUGUGAGUAGUAACAUCCCACACUAUUGUAGCUUAGAAAUGAUAAUUCACUGCCAGUUAAUUACACAGCAUUUUAUAUGACUCAAAAUGUACAUCCAUUAAAACUCACAUAAUCAAAAUAUGAAUUCAUUCUUUUCUAACCAUGAAUUCCACAUUUUUGUAGCAGUUUGGGCAAUGUCACUAUGCCAAAGUCAUUUCAUGAAACUCCUGCAAAACUCAACCUUACUGUAAACGCUACAGCUUUGAUCGACAUCCAAGGACAGUGCAGAUACUUUGCAGGAUGUAUUUUGCAGUGUGGCUCUCUCAUUAAUGCCUCAAUAAGGACUGCUACUGAUUUGUGACCAAAAGCAUUAGAAAGGGAACCUUUUCUCCUGGACCUUACUUUUUUUUCACCUCAUCUGACUAAUGCCUGAACCAUUACUGGGUAAUGAGAGUGGAAAUUGGAAUCCCUCGGGUCUGUUUGGGACUGUUAUUAUUCUCCUCUGAUUGGAUUUUAUUAUUCAGAGCCAAUAAUAAGUUCUUCUUCUAUGAUUGUUUUGCAUUUUCAUUUUGUUUAGUUUCAGUUCCUGCGUUGUUAUCCACCUUCAGAGUCAUCAGUGGGAAAAAAAAGUUGAUGGUUUGUAAGUAUUUUUAAACAGUGUUUUUGAGGUCUGUUGUGUUCUUGUUUUAUGCCCAAAUUAUGCCCUGUGGAACCUAUUUGGAUGCUCGAAAAAAUUAUGAAUACAGAGGCUCGUUAUGAGAAUAGUGUUUAACUGAACUUCACAUUAUGUCCUGGAGGCACUGUCUUAGGACAGGGAAUGCAUUUAGUGACUAAAUAUGUUGAUGGACUGUUUUAUACUUCAUUAGAAUGCACACAGUAGAGGAAUGCAGGCGGCAGAUAUUAGUAACUCUAAUGAUCCCAAACGCAAUUUAAAUAAAAGCUGAAGAAUGAUCGGAGUGAAACCAAAUUUACUUUUUUGUAUGCUGUUUCAAAAUGUUAAGCUUUGAACGACGUGUCAAAGACUGAAUCAUUCACACUAACUAAACGUGCUAAUCAGAGAAUACUACACUUAACCCAUUCAGUCAUAUUAACAGCAAUAACGGUUUAAAAAAGAGUAAGUGGCCACUCUAUGCAGAUGAGGUUCUGUUGUGUCAUUAAGGUGUUGAUGGAGAUGCAAUAUUUCACCUUUUGGAUUCAUUUCCCAAACUUGACUGAGAAUUGGCUUAAAGUCUGUGUUUGGGAGAACUUGAACUGAUAUUUAGUUUUCAAUCUGCGCUCUUUAGUGACAAUAACGUGAUUGACGUGGUUGUUAUUUCUAUGUGUACACAUCAUUAUGUAAACCAGACUAUUUAUUUAUUUAGCCUAGUUCACUGUAACUGUAGACAUAAAGAAACAUGUUUGAAAAUGAAAUAUCUUUUUAAUCUUUGACAAAAUGCAUAUUAUCAUCUGGUAUGAACCCAUAUAGUUAGAACAAAUCUGUUUGCAUUACAGAAGACGUAUAAUUUUUUCUUCUACAGUCGCUCACAGUGCUACCCACAGUUUGUAUAUAAUCCUGUGCCAGCUGGUGUGAGGCCUGCAUGGUUUCUUCUAUUGUGUAUGUUUCAUUUGUUUAUUCAUUUUUCCACAUUUCCAUUCUCCACACUCCAUUUGCAAAUCCUGGUCCUUUGACCAAUGCUGCUUUUUGAUUUGUUUUUUACCUUCUAUGUCAUUACUAUUACCUCUGACAUCUAAUUAGCAUGUUGCCCAGAACUCUGUAAAUGCACUUUUCCCUCUUUUUGCAACUUUACAAACAUAUUAAGUGUUAGUAAAUGUUACAACAACACAGCUGUUCAACUUUUUCAGGAUGAUGUCUGUACCACACACACACGCACACACAUGCACACAUGCACACAUACACACACACACACACGUGGCAACAUCUACAGAAGCUUUUGUGUUUGCCAAGUUUUGCGCUAUCAAAAUGUUUUGUUUUUUUAUAAAUACUUUCUUCAUAGUUCCUAAUUUUCCCUGUUCACAAUGCUACAGCUUAUUAACAGUUAAAACUAUUUACCAUUCCAAUGUGUCUUUUGGCUUUAUCAAUGACAGUAAAGCGUGGAGAUUCCGAGUGGUUAAAAUGUUUACCUACAAGGGCUGUUUAUUUGGAUUAAGCGAUGAUGUGAUUUUGUGUCUCUAACUUUGUCACCUAACCCACUAAUGAGUUCAGAUUAGUUCUCUCUUAUUGGACGAUAACGACUACAGCAACACUGAAAAAUAUGGAACACUUUAUUUUAAUACUGGUUGUUUCUGUAUUUACCAAGAUACAAUUACGAUUCAAUAUCAAAGCCUUCUGUAUUAAUUUGUUAUUUCCUUUACAUCCCUGACUUUUGUUGGCUUAACUCUUUCUUGCUUUCUUUCUCAUGUCCUAGACCUGUUAGUGACACUCAAUAAUAGUGACUUAGGACCAAACCAACACCAACACCAAUACCAAAACCAAUCCUAAACACUACAGACUAAUGUACACUGAGAUCUUCACCAGUAACCAUGAAUUCCCUUGAAUCAAACAGGCCACCCAAGGCAGUCGCUGUCUGGGAAAUCAGAGACCUGAUUUUCUUAUUUACUGAGCCACUCUACAGUUGUCACGUCCCAUAACAUGUACUGUGCAUACCUAGUGCCUAGCAGAUACUGUAGUCUCCACAUACAUGUACUAUAUUCUUUGUGUGUGGCUGUAAUGAAAAUGCAAGCUCCUCAAUACAAACAUCACUGUCAAUUACAUCCCACUGCAGUAAAUGUAAAAAGGGAAAUAAAUUGUAUUUGAAUACA